UUUAUCAGAGAAUGAGCCGGGUCCACGGUGAGAAAAAGACAGAUAGAGAGAGGCACAGAGAGAGAAGCGUGAGAAACGGAGAUACAGAGACGAGAUUCAGAGUCAGGAACAGCCAGUAAUUACCUUCCAGAGUCUGAACCAAUCAAGAGCCAGAGGGAGAGAGACAGAGGGGGAAAGCCCAUUUAGAUUCACAGUCUAUUCCUGAGCAGGAAGAUAGACCGUGUGUGUGUGUGUGUGUGUGUGAGUGUGUGUGUGUGUUUGGUCAGAGUCAGAGAAAGGGGACAGGAGUGUUUUCUUUGGAGCAGCGCAGCUCAUCCUUCUCUUCUUUCCUGAAUCCUGUUGGGUAAAAACAGACGAACAAGAUGAACCACAGCUCAGCUGAAGCAGAGGCUGAAACCAUUGAACCACUGCGUUACCUCAGUAAAGGGGAGGCUGCAGCCAUUGAGACAGAGCUGCUGAGGGACUACAGGUUUGGCCAGCAGCAGCUGAUCGAGAUCUGGGGACAUGCCUGUGCCAUUGCCAUCACUAAGGCCUACCCUCUCAGCUCCAUGGGAAAGAAGCAGCCGACGGUGCUGGUAAUCUGUGGCCCGGAUCAAAAUGGCUCUAUUGGCCUGGUGUGUGCCCGACACCUGCGCAUAUUUGAGUAUGAGCCCACCAUCUACUACCCUAAGCGGUCCUCUCACAGUCUCCACCAGGAUUUCACAGUUCAGUGCGAGAAGAUGGACAUCCCCUUCCUCUCCUAUCUCCCCACAGAGGUGCAGCUGAUAAAUGAUGCCUACAACCUAGUGAUUGAUGCCAUCCUGGGACCAGAGACAGACCUUGCCAAUGUUAAGGAGCCCUACUCGGGAAUUCUGGUCACCCUCAAACAAGUCAAGAUCCCCAUUGCCAGUGUGGACAUGCCCUCAGGUUGGGAUGUGGAAGAGGCAAGUCAGGACGGGAUCCACCCAGAAGUUCUCAUCUCACUCACAGCGCCCAAGAAGUGUGCCACCAGCUUCUCGGGAAAGCAUUUCUUGGCUGGACGCUUCCUGCCGUAUGACAUCCAGAAAAAAUACGAGUUGAAUCUCCCAGAGUAUCCCGGCACAGACUGUCUUAUAGAGUUGUAACACAUGCAAAAAAAAAAAAAAAAA